AUGCUAAACCCACUGCCUGCUCUCCUGAGCAUGAUGCUCUUCCUCGGAAUCCUAUCCAACGCCUUGCCAACUCCCGUCAGCGGCGUCCCCGGAACCACCACCACCACGGCCAUGGUCAAGCUCAAUUCCACCAGCAUCACGAUCAUAACCACUAACACAACUCGCGCCAUUACCACUACUACGGCCAAGGCCACAACCACUCCAUCCAACACUCGAACCCUGUCCUACCCGGAUCCAUCUGCUUGCACAUUUAUCCUACCAGAACUACCAUCGCCCAUCACUCCUACAAAGCCCGUCUCUGCCACCAUAACCAAGAACAAACCUACAUCCACCACACGACCAAGACUAUCAUUCCUUACAGCGCUACCCAAGGAGAAAACGAUCACCGGCGGCGAAGGCUAUCCAGGCGAGGAGAUAAAAGUCGUUGACCCUGCCACGAAAAAAAAGGCGAUGGAGGCUUUGAGGGCCAAGGUUGCGGAGUGCGAGAAGGAGUGCUUGACCACUGACCCCGAUGUCUGUCUCAAGGGCUUUAACGGACGGAACUAUCGGAUGAACUCCUGCAGGUUGAGGGUGACGCCUUGUUCGAGGUCUAAUGUGACAUACGAGAUCAUCGAUAUAUCAGAGUGCCCCGACCGGGAGCCGCAGAGGGCCGAAGAGUAA